AUGGCCGAUGACUCGCGCAGUUCGCGAGCGCCGACGCCCUUGGCGACCUUGAAGCGACAAGCCGACGUCACACCCUUCACCUCGCAGCCGCACACCGUCAAAGCGUGGCUGACGAAAGCAAAACAGGCGUUUGAUACGAGUCACCAGCAAUGGAUGGCGGGGAAACCGCCCAGGUCGGAUGCGAGACAGAUCGAGGCGGCGUAUGUCGCGGCGAGGAUGGGAGCCGAGUGA